UCAAGAGAUCUUUUGCCCACAAGCUUUCUUAAGGUUCUCAUCAUUUCAAGCCUCCAAAGUUAGUAUUCUUACCAAGACAUCAUAGAAGGCUGACUUGAUCAAGCAAGAUUGAUCAAGUGCCACACAGAUUGAUUGGGUUAAAAGUAUGAGUCUGUGACAAAGUCGUAUCAGAGCUUUGGUUUGAGUAAUGGCAUUCCAAAGUGAAGUUACCCAUAUCGACAAGGAGACCAAGAUGCCCAAGAAAGAUGCUAUGACCGAUAUGAACGCUAAGCUUUCCAAGGUGGAGAUUGUCGUGGCGGAGAAGCUCAAGAGUGGGCGAGAAGAACACCAUGGUGAGAUGCAAGGUGCUCUCAACAUGGUAGCGGUGGAGUGUCGAGUCCAUGUCAAGAUCUUGGAGGAGACCUUGAUGGGCAUGAUUGUAGGUCUUGAGGAAAAGCUAGCGAAGGCCUUAGCGGAGCUCAAGGAGACCAAGGAAGAGCUAGCUAUUUGCAAGAAGGCCAUUGCUUAAGAGCAAGCAAUGUGGUAAGUUUUACUACCAUAAGAGUUGAUGUUCCUAAACCUAGAUCAUAUGGUGGUUCUAGGAAUGCAAAGGAGCUAGACAACUUCAUUUGGAUCUUGAACAAUACUUCAAGGCCCUUGGCAUUAUGGAGGAUGCCAAGAAAGUGGAGAUGUCUACACUCUACUUAGACAACACCGCAAUGGUGUGAUGGCGAAGGCGAAGUGUGGACAUCGAGAGGGAGACUUGCAAGAUCAAUACUUGGGUCGAGUUUAAGAAAGAACUCAAGCAUCAAUUCUAACGGUGAAUGCUGAGGAUGAGGUGCAUGGAAGACUUUCGCAUCUUCAACACAAGGGAAACAUUCAAGAUUAUGUGAAGAGUUACCGAAGUGCUUUUGGAGAUUCCAAACUACCUGGACAAAGAGGCACUCUUUGCGCUCAUGGAUGGAUUACAAGGAUGGGCCAAGAGGAAGAUCCAUAGGCAUGGAGCUCAUGAUCUUGCCACCGCGAUCAGCAUAGCCGAAUUACUCAUAGAACUCCAAAGGGAUGAAAGACCGAAGCCACCUAAGGAGAAGGGUGCCAAUGGCAAUGGUGGGGGAGACAACCAUCAUGAAAGCAAGGAGCACAAAUUUGAGAAGGGCAAGUGGAACUCCAAGACACCAAAUGAGCCCAAGGAUGGAGGCAUGAUCCAAAAGAUGAAGUGGCAAGAUGGUGAAGAGAAGGAGUCACCCUAUGAAUUGAAGAUUGGCUCCAUGCAAAUCAUCAAUGAUCUCAAGGUACAAAUGGAGAAGCCAAUGGAGAGUGAGGACAGAUUGUUUGUGGAAUCCAAAGUGGGAAAUCAUGUAGUGGAUGCUUUGAUCGACCCCGGCGCCACCCACAACUUCCUUGAGGAGAAAGAGGCAAAGAAGCUCGGUAUCCCUUACAAGAUGGAACGUGGCAUGCUUAAAUCAGUAAAUAUGGAGCCAACACCCAUCCAUGGCGUAGCAAGAGGAGUCAAGGUGAGCCUAGGAGACUGAAGUGGUACCUUAGACUUCUCCAUUGUGAAGAUGGAUGAGUACACCAUGGUGCUUGGUAUGGACUUCUUCGAUCAAACCAAGGUUGUGCCUGUGCUAUUUACCAACACCAUGUGGAUAUUGGAGAGCAUGAUGAGGAUGGUGCCAUUAAAGAGGGAGGCACAUCUCAAGGAGAAGAAGAUCUCUGCCAUGACACUUAUGGAAGAUGGAGGACCAAGCUUCAACAAAGGCAAGUGGACCGAGUCAAGGAAGCCUUACUUCAAGAAACAACAAGGAUGUCGCCACGAUAGGUGGGAGAGUUUAUCACGCACUGGCGUGAUAAAAAGCCUAUACGGCACGCCAAAAAGCGUGACAAUGUGUCAUGACCCAGAGGAAGAGAGAUUCCCUUCCAUACUUAGAAUUUUUCUAAGUGUUAUAAACUAUCAUGUAAACUUAGAGUCUUGUAGAAGGUUCAUGAGAAAUCAUGAACUUAGUAGAGUCUUCUAGAUAAGUAUAGAAUUUUCUAGAGACCUCUUGAAAAUUUGUAGAAAUGUGAAGAAGUAUGUAGACUUGUAUAGAGAGUUCUAGAGAGCCAAUAUGGGCCGUCGGGUCAAUUGAAUCUCGGUCGUCCAUUAGGCAAGCCUUGGCCUAUAAAUAGCCAAGGGGUCCUCAUUUGGAGCCAUCAAGUUUCCAAGUUUAAUUUAAGAGACCUUUUGCCCACAGGCUUUCUUAAGGUUCUCAUCAUUUGAAGCCUCCAAAGUUAGUAUUCUUGCCAAGGCAUCGAAGCAGACUAACUUGAUCAAGCGAGAGUGAUCAAGUGCACACGGAUUGAUCGGGUUAAAAGUACGAGUCCGUGACAACGUGACAUGGCGUGGCCCUAAGUAAUGUUCCCCCACACCAUUGAAUCGGGGUUGUACU